AUGCUUUAUUUCUUCAAAUUCCUGUUGAGAUCCGCCAUUUUUUCUGUAAUUCUUUUCGUUCUCUUUCAUUCUUUAUUCGACAUUUUUUCAAGCUUCUGCAAUUUUCUUUCCAAUACUUUAUUUUGUUCUCCCAUUCCUUUUUUUACAUUUAGUUCUCACUCUCCUGUGUUUCUCUUCUUUUUCAUCUUCCUUUUCUUUCUUCUCUUCCUCCAGCAACUCCUCCUCCUCCUCUUCUCCCUUUCUUCUGCCUCCUCAUCCAUCUUUAUCUCCUCCUCCUUUUACUCUUCCACAUUUCUCAUCCUCCUCCUCCUCCUCUUAUUUUGCUUCCUCUUUUCCUCCAUCCUCCUUCCACCUUCUCCUUCCUACUUCUCCCCUCCUCCUCCUCCUCAUUUUUCUUCUUCUUCUCUUCCUCUUCUUUCUUUUCUUCCUCCACCCUCUUCUCCUCCUGCUCCUCAUUUCUUUUGCCUCCUCAUCCAUCUUUAUUUCCUCCUCCUCCUUCUCUUCCACUUAUUUCUCAUCCUUCUCCUCCUCCUCUUAUUUUGCUUCCUCUUUUCCUCCACCCUCCUCCCACUUUCUCUUUCCUUCUUCUUUCCUCCUCCUCAUUUUUCAUUUCCUUCUCUUCCUCUUCUUUCUUCUUUUCCUCCACCCUCUUCUCCUUCUGCUCCUCAUUUCUUUUGCCUCCUCCUCCUCCUUUAUCAUCACCUCUUUCUCCUCCUUUUAUCUGCUUCCUUCUUUCUUUAUUCUCCUCCCACUUUCUUCUUCUUCUCCCUCUCUUCUACUUAUUUUUCGUCUGCUUCUCUUCCUCUUCUUUCUUCUUUUCCCCCACCCUCUCCUCCUCUUCCUCCUUUCUUUUGCUUCCUCUUCCUCCUUCAUUUUCACCUCCUCCUCCUUCUUCUCUUCCAGUUCUUUAUUCUCCUCCUCUUCGUCCGCCUACAUCUUGUCCUCCCUCUUGUCCUCCUUUUUCUCCCCUUUCUUCAUCCUCCUCCUCCCCUCCUCCUCCGUCUUUUUCUUAUUCUUUUCUCUUAUGGUCAUUUCAUUUUAUUCCCCCCACCCAAAGCUAAUCUUGGCAUUACCAAAAUCAUCUCAAUAUUGUUUUUAUGUGUUAAUCUAUAA